CAGAGCGAGCGCCAGACACCCAGACGCCCAGACGCACGGAGGUGUCGUGCAAGCUGUGGGCUGCCCCACGCGGUUUGGCACCCGUGGCAGGAUCCGCUCUCCACGCAAGUACUUCACGCGUUCCACACCGAGCCAUGUCGUCCUACAGCCGCGUGGCGGUGGUCACCGGGGCCAACAAGGGCAUCGGCUUCGCCAUCACGCGGGACCUGUGCCGGCAGUUCUCGGGGGACGUGGUGCUCACGGCGCGGGACGUGGCGCGGGGCCAGGCAGCUGUGCAGCAGCUGCAGGCCGAGGGUCUGAGCCCGCGCUUCCACCAGCUGGACAUCAACGACCUGCAGAGCAUCCGCGUCCUGCGGGACUUCCUGCGCAAGGAAUACGGGGGCCUGGACGUGCUGGUCAAUAACGCGGGCAUCGCCUUCAAGGUUAAUGACCCCACACCGUUUCACAUUCAAGCAGAAGUGACCAUGAAAACAAACUUUUUUGGUACCCGAGACAUCUCCACAGAGCUCCUGCCUCUCAUGAAACCCCAAGGAAGAGUUGUGAAUGUGUCUAGCUUUGUGAGUCUCAGGUCUCUGAAAAACUGCAGCCCAGAACUGCAGCAGAAGUUCCGAAGUGACACCAUCAGCGAGGAGGAGCUGGUGGGGCUCAUGAACAAGUUUGUGGAAGAUACAAAGAACGGGGUGCACCAGAAGGAGGGCUGGCCCAACACCGCCUAUGGAGUCUCGAAAAUUGGCGUCACGGUCCUGUCCAGAAUCCACGCCAGGCACCUGAGCGAGCGCAGGAAGGGGGACAAGAUCCUCCUGAAUGCCUGCUGUCCAGGGUGGGUGAGGACCGACAUGGCCGGUCCCAAAGCCACCAAGAGCCCGGAGGAGGGAGCAGAGACCCCUGUGUACUUGGCCCUUCUACCCUCGACAGCGGAGGGGCCUCAUGGGCAGUUCGUUUCGGAGAAGGAGGUUCAGCCGUGGUGAGCCCCUCUCCUGGCUCCCUCCAUAGGCCCCAUUAUGUGGUCUGUCCUGAGCUGACCAAAAGAACCUGUACGCUGUCACGUAAUUUCUACCCAAAAAAUAUAUCUCCGUAAAGCAUUGUUUGGGCUGGC